AUGUCGCCCUCUAGCUAUCAGUCGCGACCUAUUCUCAACCCCGACGCGGAGAGCCAGCACUUGGCUCGCGCUAUCCUCGCUCGCAGCUCAUCAACGGACGAACUCGGUGAUUUUGAGGAUGACAGCAUGAUCAACAUGCUUCUGCUGGUCCUGGGCCUUGUCUUUGUCGCCCUCGUCUUCCUCUCGGCGCUCUUCCUCAUCCGCCGCCGCCGCAUGCAACAGCGCAUGCACAACGGUAUCCUGCCCUCCUACAACGAUUCCAAGCUUCACUCGCAUGGUCGCGGUCCUCCCCAGGGUCUCACCAUCGAAACCUCGCACGACGGCCGCUCCAGCACCAUCUACAUCAGCCGCAAUGGCCAGCCAAUGCUCGCAAACCCCAAUUCGCCUCCCCACUCGCCCGAUAAUGUGCCAGAGAUUCACAUCACGUUUCCCGACGAGCAUGACAACGAGGGCAGGCACCAGAGCGGUCGCGUCCUCGUCGUUCGUGUGGGUGACAACGCUACUGUCGGUUUGGAACCUGUCCAGGAGGAGCAACUACCAGCCUAUGAGAAGGAAUCCAAGGGUGACUUCUACUCUGUCGACAUGGACCAGAUUGGCGGCCUGAAGGAGAAAGACCGUACAACCUACCAGUAA